AUCACUGUGGGAGCUAUAGGCCCUCUGCCUUGGCGUGAAAGUUUACCUACGUUUUAAAAAAAUUUUAAAGGUUAAAGAAGCUAAUAAUUGAAAGUGAAAUAAAACAUUUCUAAGAUACCAUUUUACAUGAAUCAUACAUCACUAUUCAAUGAAUGUCACUAUUCCCCUUUAACUCCAGUUAAACUGAUCAUCAUGACAAUAUGUCAAUAUUUAUAAAGUGUUAUAAAUAAUAUGCAUAUUACAUCGCCAUCUUAUGUGAGCAUUUACCUAUCAUAGUGUUUCCUUUCUGUCUUACUGUGCGAAAGACAACACUUUAAACAAAUAGAUCACGACAUCACUAUAAUUUCAUAAAGCAUUGAUCUGUGUAAAUGGAAGAUGAAGAAAAAGCAAAGCUUGCAAGACCGUACGAAUGUGACAUAUGUAAGCGACGAUUUGCAAACCAGGCCAGUUUACCAGCACACAAACGGACACAUUCGAAGAAGAGACCGUUCAAAUGUGAUUAUUGUGGGGCGACGUUUGGCAAUGCAGGUUGUUUAAGUGUGCAUAAAAGACGACAUACUGGCGAAAGACCAUAUAAAUGUGAUUUAUGUGAUAAAAAAUUUACCCAACAUCAACAUCUUGUUUCACAUAAGAGAACUCAUUCUGGUGCAAAGCCAUAUCAAUGUGACAUAUGCUUUAAGUUUUUUACUCAGUCUGGUUCUUUGACUCGACAUAAAGUCAUUCACACCGGGAUUAAGAAAUUUAAGUGUGACAUAUGUGAUAAAAUGUUUUAUCAACUCACGUCGUUGCAAGCUCACAGAAACACCCAUAAUGGUAUAAAACAGUUUGUCUGCGAUAUAUGUGAUAAACGCUUUUCUCAACUGUGUAGAAUGAAAGAACACAGAGAAAAACACUCAAAUGGCAAAAAUAGGAAAUGUGAUGCGAGUUUUCAACAGCUUAGUUCUCAUCAUGGUCUUCAAGUGCACAAAAAGUCCAAUCAUGAAGUGGACCUUGUUUAUGACUGUGUAUCAUGCUUGAAGAAAUGUGUCCUACCAUUUUGUGACGAUUGCAGAGGAAAGUUAAAUAUAAUGAAAAAUGUUGAUUUAGAAAGAAGUAGAGGAAAGCACGACAAGGUUGAUGCGGCUGUUAGACUUCAUGAUUCAGAUACACGUUUUAAACAUAACAAUGAGAUUAAGAAGUCAGACUUAUCAGAUAUUGGAUACAUCUGCUCUCUUUGUGGCAGCAGUUACAACAAUCCUGAUGAUUUGGAGAAGCAUUUUAAUAGCCAUGGUUCUUAUGCAACAACAUAAAAUUAUGGGAUUGACAACAAGUUGUGUUUGGUAAACAUCACAUUGGUAAAACUUUUAAAGAAUUAUUUGAAUGAAAAUAGUUCAAAGAAUGAGAAUUGCAUGCAAAGAGGACUUCAGCUUUGUUUGAAGUUUACAAUUGUGUGUAGGUAUGUCAUAUGUUGAGAUGCUCAAGCAGAAUUAGGCUUGCUUACUUCUAAGAUGUCUACUGGAUGUAAAUUCAUGUUUUGAAAGAUAAGAAGGAUGAACUUGUAUGAUGCCUUUUGCACAUAAAAUUUUAUUUGAAAGUUAUGAAUUCGUAAGAACCUUCUCUAUAUGAAGUUUUAAUUUGAAAAAUAUAAAUUUGUAUUUUCAUAAAUUUGUAACAUGUCUUGUUGAUUGCAAUGACUUUAUGAUUACAAAUUUACCUUUUUCA